AUGGCUCUAAUUCUUAGCCAAUUGUUUAUUUCCUUAAUACUGUCACUCUUCUUCUCGCUUACUCUUCUUCCCCAUGCUACUACUAGUAAAGCUAAUUCCUCCUCCGAAUAUUCCAUAACCUCUAUUUUCAACGUCACAGCCGCAAACCACAAAACCAGCCAAAUCCUCUCCUUCAAACCAUUUCAUAAUCAAGAAGAAUUCCCCCAAACAUUUUCAUCAUCUUCUUCCUUCAAGCUCAAACUAUAUCCAGCUGCAUCUCUCUAUAAUACUCAUCAUCAACACAAGAACUACUAUAGCUUAGACCUAAAUGCUUCGUUGAACCCAGGCAUAACCACAGGAACCAGCAAUUUCUUAGUACAAAUCGGAGUUGGAGGACCACCACAAAAAUUCUACAUGAUUUUCGACCUCCAAACCGAUUUCACUUGGCUUCAAUGCCAACCAUGUAUCAAAUGUUACGAUCAACCUGAUUCCAUUUUCGACCCAUCACAGUCCUCUUCAUACACCCUACUUUCCUGCGAAACCAAACACUGUAACUUACUUCCAAAUUCUUCUUGUAGCGAUGAUGGUUAUUGUAGAUACAAUAUUACCUACAAAGACGGUACAAAUACUGAAGGUGUUUUAAUAAAUGAAACGGUGUCGUUUGAAAGCUCUGGAUGGGUGGAUAGGGUUUCAUUAGGUUGCAGUAAUAAAAACCAAGGUCCAUUUGUAGGGUCUGACGGAACAUUUGGGUUAGGUCGUGGGUCACUGUCUUUUCCAUCUCGUAUUAAUGCAUCGUCAAUGUCAUAUUGUUUAGUGGAAAGUAAAGAUGGAUAUUCGUCGUCAACUUUGGAAUUCAAUUCGCCGCCAUGUAGUGGUUCGGUUAAAGCUAAGUUGUUGCAAAAUCCGAAGGCUGAGAAUUUAUACUAUGUGGGACUAAAAGGAAUUAAAGUGGGAGGUGAAAAGAUCGAUGUUCCUAAUUCAACAUUCACUAUUGAUCCAUAUGGAAACGGAGGUAUGAUUGUAAGUUCAAGUAGUUUAAUAACGAUGUUGGAGAAUGACACCUAUAAUGUCGUGCGUGAUGCUUUUGUGGCCAAGACUCAACAUUUGGAACGUUUAAAGGCUUUUUUACAGUUUGACACAUGUUAUAAUUUGUCGUCUAAUAAUACUGUGGAGUUGCCGAUAUUGGAGUUUGAAGUAAAUGAUGGGAAAUCGUGGUUGUUGCCGAAGGAGAGUUAUUUGUAUGCAGUGGAUAAGAAUGGAACAUUUUGCUUUGCGUUUGCACCGUCAAAAGGAUCGUUUUCAAUUUUAGGGACUUUACAGCAAUACGGGACACGUGUCACCUUUGAUCUUGUUAACUCUUUCGUUUAUUUACACACCCUCUGCUGCAACUAG